AUGGGUAGUAUCACAAUCACGGUCGACGAAGCUCUGGAGCAAGCAAGACAGCGGUUUACCGAGCGCAACCUGAAAUCCAAGAAGCUCCACGAUGAGGCUCUUGAGUACUUGCCCGGUGGAAACUCCCGAUCGKUGCUCCACACGGCUCCUUUCCCAGUCAGCAUGAUCCGUGGUCAGUCCUGCUACCUCGUCGACGAGGAUGGUCAUGAGUACACGGACCUGCUUGGAGAAUAUUCUGCUGGACUCUAUGGCCAUUCGGAACCCGUCCUUGCCGACGCCAUCAAAGCCACACUGGAAGAGAACGGCUCGAAUUUAGGUGCCAAUACCAAAUAUGAGGUCAGAUAUGCCUCGCUGAUCUGCUCGCGCUUUCAUCUCGACACUGUGCGCUUCAUGAAUUCAGGCACGGAAGCCAAUCUUCAUGCUUUGAUGGCGGCAAGACAUUAUACGGGCAAACACAAAGUGGUCGUAUUCACCGGUGGAUAUCAUGGUAGUGUCAUUGGAUUUUCGACCAAACCAGUGUCCAACACCAUCGAUCAACAAAACUUUGUUGUAGUCGAGUAUAACAACAUCUCCGCUGCGCAAACUGCAAUUGAGCAAACUCCCGAUGUUGGUGCUGUUCUGGUUGAGGGUAUGCAGGGCGCUUCUGGUAAUAUUGUCGGGACAGAUGAGUUUCUUCUUGCAGUUCAGGCGUCCGCUCGCAAAGUCAAUGCAGUGUUCAUUUUUGACGAAGUCUUGACAUCUCGCCUAGCAGCUGGCGGGCUACAGAGCCUUGUAGGACUUGAACCAGACCUGACUACUCUAGGCAAAUACCUCGGUGGGUCCUUGGCAUUCGGAGCUCUAGGUGGCCGACGAAGCAUCAUGGACGUCUUUGAUCCACGGACUCCUGGCGCACUUCCGCACUCUGGAACAUUCAAUAACAACACUGUUACAAUGCGCGCUGGCUUUGCGGGUCUCAAGCAUGUGUACACUCCGCAAGUAGUAGAGGAGCUCAACGGCCGUGGUCAAGCGAUGUUGGAGAAGUUACAAGCGGUCUCCAAGGGCACUCAACUAUGCUUCACGGGCCGUGGCUCUCUCAUCUGCAGCCAUUUUGUCUCAAAUGGAUCUUCGCAAAUCAGAUCCAUUGUAGAUUUGAAAGAAAAUGAGACUCUGAAAGAGCUAUUCUGGCUAGAGAUGAUGGAGAGUGGUUUUUGGGUGGCUAGAAGGGGUUCAUUGGCGAUUAGCAUUCCUGUUCCUCAGGCAGAGCUUGAUCGAUUUGUGAGAGCCACUGAGCAGUUUCUGGCUCGUUACUGGCAUCAAGUAGCGUUGUAA